GGGUACCAUGCAACUGACCGUGACUGGAGGGGAAAAAAAAAAAAAAAAAAAAAAAAAAAAAGACUGUGCAAGACCCAAAGCCAACUCCGAGGACUUUUUGUAGCUGGACAAUUUAUUAUAAUAGUUAUGGUCACUCCCGAAGGAGAAAUGCCAAUGCAGCUAGUUGGAAAGGAGGAGGAGGAGGAGGAGGAGGAGGAGGAGGAGGAGGAGGAUAACAGCCAUCGGGAUCCCGAUGAUAUUGCUCAUGCUCGAGGUAUUGGUCUGGGUCCCGACGACGGAAAUCGAGGAAGCGGAGGAAGAGUUGGAGGGAACGACAAAACCUCUGAUAAUUCCUUAAAGGAUAAGGAUAAGGAUAAGGAUAAGACGGAAAAUGUGGAUCGCAUCACAUCUCUUCCUGACGACGUGCUUAUACACAUUCUGGGUUUCAUAGGCGACGCGAAAUCCGUGUUCCACUGUGGUGCCACAUGUCAUGUAUUUUACCGGCUUCUACCAAGGGCUCCUGUGCUUUCUUUCAAGGACAGCACGGUGGUGGAGAAACUUGACGUGGACGAUGCUGUGACUUCAGCUGUCCUCAAGUGUCAGGGGCUGUCACACCUGCUGGUUGAGACGGGGUCGGCGUCGCACCCGUGGAAAUUGUGCAGCCGCACAGCCGUGCGGCUGUGGAUGACGCACACACAUGCAUCCCUCUGCGAGCUUAGCAUAUGCGCGCGGCUGAAGCCGGGAACCAUGCAUGAUAUCCUGAUCUGCACCUUGAUGUUCUGCAGGAAGCUGCAGAGACUGGAAGUCUCGCCGCCACGCAAGUCGAGCAUUGGUAAUGUUCAGGAGCUUGACUGGCUGGUGUUGAGGACGUGCGAGCCUCAAACUUGUCUUCGUGAACUCAGAUUAACCAUGGUUGGGUUUGGUCAAGAGGAUGAAGGAGGAGGAGGAGGAGGAUCAGAUCCUGCUGCAACGGGCGGAUUGAAUGACUUGCUAGGUCUGUUUCCAAACCUUGUCCUCCUUCAACUGGUAUGCUUCACAGGGUUGACGAGAACGUCGGUCGUGUCGACAGAGCUCAGAGCCCUUUGCGUGGCGGUGCCCAUCUCUCCUCAUUCCGAGCGCUGGGCACAAAACAUCCUCGUCGAUGCUCCGCAGUUGGAGGAGGUGUUGUUCUACGGCAUCCGCGACUUCGAAUUCACAAAACGCACCAAUCCUGGGAGACUGGUCGCGAACGGCUGUCACGAUUUGAAGUUCUCGUUCUGGUCAGAUAGACUGUUGCUCCUCGACUUGCAUCAAGACGACGACGAGGGGAGGAAAUGGCAUGCGAUAGAGUUGAUAGCGUUGCUGAUGAUACAUCGGCACACGCUCGUUGAUCUUCACUUGCAUCUCGACGUUUGGGAGUGCGAUGGGCCGACAGAGGACAUAAUUACGGAGGCGUUUUACCAGCAGAGCUUUCCACUGCUUGAGGUUCUACAUAUCAAACAUUUUGGACUGGGGACAUUAUUGCAGGGGCUGCAGCCUGGAACACCGGCAUUCAACGCACCGAAUCUCAGAGACGUGUGGCUGUGUGUGGAGUUGCAGUAUUGCACUACAAAUUUUGUUGAGACUUUCUUGACAUUUUGCCCCAAGAUUGAGAAGUUGGUUGUUGAGCUUAAAGGCGGUAGUUGGGACUAUGAGCAGGGCUUGCCAGGUAUCAAGCAGCUACAGCAGGACCACCCCAUUGUGGACUUACGUUUCUUGUCUUGAUCCCUGUUAUCUCUGUGGCACUAUGGAUGUUAAUACUGUGAUGCGGUAGCAUCAUCCAGACCUAUUUCUGCCACCGCUC